GCCAGCCCCAGUCUCCCCAGCCUGAGGGUGAUGACAGUCAUUCACUUGCCUCUGAGUUUUGAUGAAUCGAAAUUAUUUGUCAGUUUUGUAUUUGUUGUUGUCAUGUCACAGAAGUUUAAGUGGUCUGUAGUCAGUCAGGUAAAAUGAGCACGUAGCACAGAAUUCUGUCUCCAGAAGCGGAUUGCAGCAGAUUUGCUGCAAAAAAACCUUCUAAGGGAUAAUCAAGGACAUACCUUUGCAUGACUUUAUUGGGUUUUCAACUUACCAGGUUAUUAUAAAAAAAAAAAUUUUUUUUUUUUUAAAUAACUUACUGCAUAUGCUCCAAAGUUUAAAACUUUCAACCAAGCGGUAAGAAAAAAGAAUAGAGUAGAAAGGAACAAACGUUUUAUCUCACAUUUUCAAUGCCAGGCAUACUUAACUGGCAAUUACAUUUUGAAGACCAGUAAUCAAAAACAUAGUAAGAAAAGAGAUUAGGUAAGAUCAUGGCUUGAAGACAAAACAAUAUACAAAUAACAUGAUACAAGUGAGAAAAGUUCAGAGGUUGACAAUAAGGGUGAGCAAGGCUGUGAGAUGGCUUCCUACAAGAGAUCUACGUUGUUCCUUCCCAGGGGCAGGACUUGGCACUUCCCUCUGUUGAACUUCAUGAGGUUCCUGUCGGCCCAUUUCUCCAGCCUGUUGAGGUCCUUAUGGGUGGCAGCACGACCCUCUCGUGUAUCAGAGAUACAUGAUCUUGUUCUGCUUGAGAUGCCUUCAAUUUGGGAAGGAGUCUGAACCUAUUCUUUCUGUCCUUGUUUGGGGGCUAAAAGGGCAAAGGGACUCGUGCAUCAGAGCAAAGUUGCCUUGACUUAGUACAGUUGCACCAUGCCAACUUGUUCCUGAGCCAUCAAGGACCCCAGAGCAAGAUGAUUUGGCAUUUCUUUUAAAUAAACAGCCUGCCACAUACCAAAUAAAUGUGCCAUUCCUGAGAAGAGCCGGAUUCACAGCAUGGUGAGGAAAGAAACUUUCCUCUCCAAGCAGAUGAGCCAAGGAGGUUGGGAGAGGCUUUGUCCACAGGGAAAGAGACUGGCUGGGCUGCAGCACAAAUCAUCUACAGGUUCAUAUGGAUCGGAGAAAGACAGGAGGAGUCUCAUGAAAGCACUGCUCGUGAUCUUCUGUUCAAAGGCAGGUGGAGAGCAAGUUUUUGAGCCAGGACCAUGUCCAGAGACUGGACUGGAUGCGUGCCUGCAGGGGAAGGCUGGCAUGGCCCUACAGCAGCACCGGCCGUUCGGCCAUGGAGUGUUCUGCCCUGCAUCUUGAGCAAUCGGACGCUGCUCUUCAGGCAGUUCAGGAUGCUCAGAAACCACAGCAAAAUAAAAACAGAGCUGGCGUGUGAAAAGGCACCAGUGCAACUUCUUGUAGAUGGGAGCAUGGUCUGAAACCUGCUCCCAGCCUGCUUCACCUAGACCAGAGCUCGGGGAGGCUGUGUUAAAGGGAAAAGUGAGGCUUGUCCCUCCCCAGCACCUCCGUAAGGACUUCUUAUACUCUGUCCUCUCUGCUGGAAGGGAAGCCGCAGGUCCCCUCUGCCUUGCUUGCAGUACUCAUCUUGCUCCUGACCAUUUCCUCAAAAGCUCCAGGUGGAGCAGGUGGUUUUAUACACCCUGUGCAGAGGAGGCUUUGAUGUCUCUUUUCCCCAAAGGCGGCCAGGGCUGCAGCUUCCUUCACCAAAGCACAGCCACGGGGCUCCUCCGAGCCCGUCACUACAACAUGCCGAGCAGGCACGUUGCUCUGCGGUCGGCAGCCUUCCCCCAGCUCCCUCCCUCCCCCUCGAGCUUUAUUUGUUUAUUAUUUUCAUCUCCUUCGCAGAGCUGUCCUGCGUUUCUCCUGCUUCACCCUCCUCCUACAUCCCUGUCCCGCACUUCGCCUAUUGGUUGCAGGGGCUGUGCUCAGGGGGAGCCCUGCAAUUUUCUAUAUAACCAACUGCUCCAUUCAGAGAGAUCUCAGCAAGUCACGAGAGGGAAGAACCAUUCCCCUGAGCACAAGCCCACAAACAAAAGCAAACUCCAGGAUCUACAACACUACAGUUCUCCCGGGACCUGCAGGACAUGCCCAGCUGCCCGUACAGUGGGAAGGAGCCGUGAGAGGGAAAGAAAGUGAUCCCAGGAGCAUCCGAAGUUUGUGGUCAUGAGGAAGAUCCAACCAAGACCCAAGCAAGGACAUCCCACGAGCAUUAUGAGGACUUCUGCAGCCAGCUUUGCCAUUCAGUCUUCAAUGGCGAGAAUCCCAGCUCCCACCACCCUAGCCAUUUUCCUGACUUGCCUCUUCUCCGGGGCACACAGCCAGACCCCAAGGGCUUUGCAGGAGAGCACCGUCCCCUUGGAAGUGCUUAGCCAGGAGCAGGUUUACAGUCUGGACCAGCCAAGCCUGUUCCAGGAUGCCAAGCUGUCAAACCACUCGGAGAGCCUCCCCAGGAGCACCAGCUCCGAGCCACCCUUGCUGCCCGUGUGCGUGAAGCCUGCAGAUAUCAGACAUAUCUUCAAGUACAUCAACACCAUCGUGUCCUGCACCAUCUUCAUAGUAGGGAUCAUCGGGAACUCCACGCUCCUGAGGAUCAUUUACAAGAACAAGUGCAUGCGGAAUGGGCCAAAUGUCCUCAUUGCUAGCUUGGCGCUCGGAGACCUUCUCUACAUCCUCAUUGCUCUGCCCAUCAACGUAUAUAAGCUCUUGGCAAAGGACUGGCCCUUUGGUGUGCAGGUGUGCAAGCUGGUCCCCUUCAUCCAGAAGGCUUCAGUGGGCAUCACGGUCCUCAGCCUUUGUGCUCUCAGCAUCGACAGGUACCGAGCAGUGGCGUCCUGGAGUCGGAUCCAAGGGAUAGGAAUCCCCAUGUGGAAGGCAGUGGAGGUGAUGCUGAUCUGGGCAGUGGCCAUUGUGCUUGCAGUCCCUGAAGCUAUAGCCUUUGACAUGGUGGAGCUCAGCUACUGGGAACAACACCUGUGGGUGUGCAUGCUCGCCUCCGAACAGAAAUCCAGCUUCAUGAUGUUCUAUCGCGAUGUGAAGGACUGGUGGCUUUUCGGCUUCUAUUUCUGCCUCCCCUUGGUAUGCACUGGCAUCUUCUACACCCUCAUGUCAUGCGAGAUGUUGAGCAAGAGAAAUGGCAUGAGAAUUGCUCUGAAUGACCACAUGAAACGGCGCCGGGAGGUGGCCAAGACUGUGUUCUGCCUCGUGGUGAUUUUUGCACUCUGCUGGCUGCCGCUCCACCUCAGCCGCAUCCUCAAAAAGACCAUCUACGACCAGACGGACCCCAACAGAUGCGAACUGCUCAGUUUCCUCCUAGUGAUGGAUUACUUCGGGAUCAACAUGGCCUCCCUCAACUCCUGCAUCAACCCUGUGGCUCUCUACUUUGUCAGCAGGAAAUUCAAGAACUGCUUCCAGUCCUGCCUGUGCUGCUGGUGCCAGAGACCAGCUCUGAGCAUCACGCCGACAGACGAGAAGGGCUCUGUUGGGAAGUGGAAAGCCAACGGGCAGGAGCUCGGGCUAGACCGGAGCAGCUCCCGCUUGAGUAACAAGUACAGCUCUUCCUAAAGCCAUGCCACCCGCGGGGCCGAGAGGAGAAGGCACUGUGCCAAGACGGCAGGACCCCUCCAUUUCUCUCGCACAGCCGUCUCCUGGCUGGGCCUGAAUCGUUUUUGCCUUCCUGUCGUAACCCGCCUGGAAGGAGCUGCAGCAUUUCACGGACCCCUGGGACUAGCUCUGAACACAGCCUCUGAACCGCGCCGAUCCCUCCUCUGGUCCGAGAUGCCUCUGGAGGAGGGGAAAGGCAUUCAGAUCCUUAUAGGAUUUUUCAUUUCCUCACAGGAAAACCAAGUGACUUAUGGCCGUUUGUCUCGGGUGGAAACGUGGGGUGGGGAAAUGUGUGUGAAAAGGGAAGGAAGGUUGAGAUGUGGUCACUUUGAGAUGGAUGUGGGUUGAGGAGGAGAGGGAGAGGACCACGAGUGACAAUUUCCAGCUGAAAAAGCCAAAGAAAAGCUUUGGUAACAUCCCUUAUCAUCUCCCCCUGUUGCUGGGACAGUUUGUCCCUGGGCAGAGAGCCAGGAUAAGAUCCAGGCACCAUGUAUGUCUGGUAGACCAUCAAUGGCAUGAAAUCUCCUCCUGUUCAUGGCAGGGAGAGAUGGGCAGCAACUCGGCUUCAUUGUGUGACCAACCUGACCUGGGGACCCCUAAAAGCCCCCUUCCUCUUCACCUUUUCCUGGAAAAUCUGCCCCAGGCUCCCCACCCAGGGAUGAUGUUCACCCCACCUGUGUAUGGCACAACGAAGUGAUCGUAUGUGACUGCAUGGCUUAGGGGACCAGAUAUCCUUGGCAGAAGCUAGUGGCAGCAUCCAGCCAAACCAUCAGCUCCAGCUUCCCCCUCCCCAGGGACAGGGGAGCUCCUGGCUAGCUGGGCACCAUUGCUAGCCCCAGGGGCCAUCCUUCCAGGGAAGAGUUUGUAAGUCCAGGAAAGGCAGAGAUGGCUCAAAUCCAGAUGGGCCUGGGACCAAGGAACCAUCCCUCACCUUCCCAACCCCCUGCCUAACCUGGAAGCAGCUAAUUCUCUGCCUGACAUAGGAUGCAAGGGAGAGGAUCCAGGAGACUUGCCCUUCCAGAAAAUCAUGCAGCCGUGAUCCGUGGUCUUCAGCAGCUGGAAAGUCCUUCAGCCACUGGCUCCAGGGAGGGGGAUCGCCUGCAAGACCACAGCUCUGAAGGGAAAAAAGGGGUGCCCUGCAUUUGAUGCCUGUAGUUCGUCUUCCCCCUGCCAACAAGGCUGAGCUCCAAGAGGGCAGUGGGGCUGGACCCCGGUGUGUCUUGGCCGCAGCACCAUGACACCAAGGUUCAUGCCAUUUGUAAGGGGGACAGAGAUGCUCAUCCUCAUAGUCAAACUAAGGUGGAAAAGGCAACAGGGACGGUCUGAUCUCAGCUGAAAGAGCCGCUGGAGCUAACCGAAAUACAGCAAAGAGCUUUCACAAAUUUGCUAUUUAAAAUCAUUAAUCCCCGAGUGCUUUUCCAGCAUGUUUUUCUAAAAAAUCAUGCUUGCAUCUCUUGCCAAAACUUUAAGAAAGCCUAUAUGAGAAAGUUUUAGUUACCAAGUUUUUGAUUAUUUUUCUGUUGGUUUUUUCUUGUCUCUUUUACCUCUCUCUCUCUUUCUUCUUUCCCCUUUUCGUCUUGUCAUGGAAAAAAAUGGAGAGAGGAAAAAGGGAGAAGAGACAAGACCUGCAAAUAAAGCAAAACAUUUUCCAGGUGUUGGGGUUUUUUAGCUUAGCUUUUACUGAAAUGCAAAUGUUUUACAAACAAAUUACAUUUCUGAAAGACAAAGGGGUUUCAACGAAAACAGAAAGACUGAGGAAUAUCUAGACCAGCACGUUUUUUAUAAACUUACCUACCCACUAGAGUAGAUUUGUCUGUAUCAAUUUCGCAGUGCUGCUGCUGUGCUCUGCCAUAGAGCUGGCUGCAAUUUGUUGGUGGACAAAUGAAGUCAACGGAGAAAACUGAUAAAGACUGAAAUGUUCCAGCACAGACAUCUUAGUAGAAGGAUAUUUUUUAAUGAUAGUGCUUAUAAAAAGAAUCUGAAUUCUA